GGUCUGGCAUCCAGUCUUGCACACUUCAAAAGCAUUCUGAAAGGAGGGGCAGGAUGAAGAAAGAGCAAGUUUUGAACUGUCAGUUCUCCUUCUGGUAUCCACAUUUCAAGAGUCAGACUAUUCGCAGCAUCAUACUUCCACUGCCACAAAACGUGAAAGAUUACCUACUGGAUGAUGGGACUCUGGUAGUUUCAGGAAGGGGUGACCUCCCAAUAUGUUCCCAAGACGUCGGCGAUGGUGACGAGGCAGAGGAAGUUCAGUGGUCUGAUGAUGAGAACACCACAACCCUCAAGGCCCCAGAAUUCCCUGAGUUUGCACUGGAAGUUCAAGAAGCCAUCAGUGCCCUGGGAGGCAGUGUUUUCCCCAAGCUCAACUGGAGUGCUCCAAGGGAUGCCUACUGGAUAGCGAUGAAUAGCUCCUUGAAGUGUAAAUGCCUCAGUGACAUCUUCCUUCUUUUCAAAAGUUCAGACUUCAUUACUCGAGAUUUCACUCAACCGUUUAUUCAUUGUAACGAUGAUUCCCCAGACCCCAGCUUGCAGUAUGAGCUUGUGCUCCGGAAAUGGUGUGAAUUAAUCCCUGGAGCCGAGUUCAGGUGUUUUGUAAAGGAAAACAAGCUCAUAGGUAUAUCUCAGCGAGACUACACUCAGUACUACGAGCACAUCUCUAAACAAAAAGAAGAGAUCUGUAGAUGUAUACAGGAAUUUUUCAAGAAAUACAUACAAUAUAAAUUCUUUGAUGAAGACUUUGUGUUUGACGUCUGCAGGGACAGCAGGGGAAGGGUGUGGCUAAUUGAUUUCAAUCCCUUUGGUGCAGUAACAGAUUCCCUGCUUUUUACAUGGGAGGAGAUGCUCUCUGGGAAUAACCUGAAAGAUGAACAGAGUGAAGGAGCAGUGAUGGAACAGGAGUGUCCCUCAUUCCGUUGUACAAACAGCAGCCUCACUGUCCAGCCAAGUCCUUACCUCAGCUACGGGCUCCCCAAAGAUUUUGUUGAUCUUUCCACUGGAGAAGAUGUUCACAAAUUAAUCGACCUGUUGAAACUAAAAAGAAAUCAGCAAGACGAUGAAGAAUCAUGAAGUAUAGGAUGAAAAAUGAAGCAACGUGGGAGGCUAUAGUUUGGUGGAGGAAGCAAGUUUGUACACCAGCGGCUAAAAAAAAAAAUCUGUUUUUUAUAUUGUGCUCACAUAACUGAGACAAUGCCAGUUUUGUCGGGGCACUUUAUUAAAUGCUUGUAUAUUCAGCAUACUUGUGGAUGAUUAUUUGGUGUCCGGCCAACCCCUUAGCUAUGCCUUCCUUCUCCCUCCUGCCUUUGCAGUCCAUUCCAGCACUGCUGCUGCUAUAAUUCUGUCCUCUGCAGCAGAACUACCCCCUUGGAAGGCAGCACUGGCAGCCGCCAUAGCUCUUUUAGACUUAAGAGAGAGAGAGGACUGGAGCUCUCUUCACUGCUUUGCAAGGAAGCAGCCAAUCCUUUGGUGUGAAGGACAGCCCUUUUUACUUCCCACAGACUCAAGGCUUUCUGCUUUGGUGUUCAUGGCAUGGCUGUGUGUUGCACUUACCACACUCUUUUCCCCAGUACUUAUUUGCAGUACCAAGACCUCAACCCUGAAACCGCACAAGCAGUUGUGCAGGCAGGUAACUGGUGCCCAGGGAAGAAGGCACUGUGGCUGGGGCAGAGGGAGGCUUCGUCGCUCUAACGUAUCUUUGCUCCUUCUCAUUUAUGAGAAAAAUAAAAUAAUUAAAUGCACAAAAAAA